GCACGAACUCGAAGGUCGCACUUGGCUGCACUCUGAAACUCUGAUUCACCCCACUAGCGACGUAGGAACACCAUGGCUUUGCCUCCGAGCACCGCUAACUGGCACUGGAAGAACAAGAACGUUGGACCAUGGGCCAAGUCAUGGUUUGAACGCGAGUUGACCGCCAUCUCCGUCCAAGGCGAGGGCGACGAGACGGUUGGCGUGUCAGAGGUUACGGAGGUGGAUGGUGACGUUGAGAUUGGCCAGCGCAAGUCAAAGUUGCUCACCAUCUAUGACUGCAAGAUCCGGCUUGAAUGGGCGGGAACUGCUUCGGACGGUACCGAGGUCAAGGGCCGCUUGACCAUUCCUGAGGUGUCCCAUGAAGUAACUCUCGAUGGCCUGUCGGACUAUACGUACGAAUGGUCUCUUACGACAGCAUCCUCGCCUACCGUCGAUGCGCUGUACAAACUGGCGAAGACUCGUCUUCCUGCGGCGCUGGAGGCUAAAUUCGCCGAGUUCCCUGUCGCCAUGCUUGAGACGCACGGCAAGGAUCUUCAAGUCGGUACUCCGUCUGCUUCUGGCUCAUCUACGCCCGUGUCCUCCGGACCUGCUACUGCUGCAUCAACUACUCCUUCGUACUCUGUCGCUCCUGCGAAACCAGCUGCCCCCAAGGCGAAAAAGACGAACACCACGACUGUCACGGUCGAAGCCACAUUCGCUGCCCCUGCAGACGAGUUAUUCUCCCUCUUCACGGAUGAGAAACGCAUUCCCCAGUGGACUCGGGCUCCUGCCGUUUCUGGCGGCAAGCCGGACACCGAAUAUUCCCUGUUUGGUGGAGGGGUAAAGGGCAAAUAUGUCUCGCUCACGCCUAGCAAGGAGAUUGUGCAGACUUGGGCGCUUUCAAAUCCCUCAUGGCCCUCGGGCCACCAAGCGACCUUGACCACGACGUUGGACCAAUCCUCCGAUUCGACGAAGGUGAUGUGGUCGCUCGCCGGCGUUCCCAUCGGCAUGGAGGACGAGAUUACCCAAAAUAUCAACGGCUACUAUGUGCACGGUCUAAAGUCGAUCGGGUAUGUACAUCUUGUCACGCAGCGAGUGCCUUCGUACCCUACUUCUUCACUUCGUUCUACGUCACCGCAACAGCCAUCCUCUACGGAGGCACCGACCCUUGCGAAGACCAGCACUGUUAUACUCAUCAUUGUCACGUCCCUUGUAGCGGCUUUCGCGGUGCCUCUUCUAUCUUCCCGAUAAACCUAUACAUGUCAGCAUUCGAGUACACCUUGCUAAUCAUUGAUUUUUCGCGUUUU